AUGUCCACUCAUCAGCCAACCCCAACAAUCCUCCUCCCGAAUCUUCCUCCAAAAACCCUCGUCGGCAUCGAUCUCAUAACCUUCACAUCAACCCCGAACUUCCACGGCAUCCGCGACCUUUCCCCAGGAUGGCACUUCCUUUACACCGGCGCAACAGAGACACUCUCCCUACGCAGUGGCGCAUGGUUCUAUAUCGGUGACAUCAGCAUCGCAGGGAAAGGGAGCAGUGACACAGCGCUCGUCGCGCAAGGUCGAAACAAAAAUCAAACCCAAAGCGCACCGAGGUCAGAGAUCUAUAUUUGGAAAUGGAGUGCGGAUACAGAGAUAUUAGUAGUGCUGGAUAGUGAUAGCGACUCCGCUCGCCAGGAGAGCAUGCGCUACAAGGCGAACCUGGGUUCUGUGUGGCAAGGUGGAGGGUUAUUCAAGUAUCGCAGCCGGAUUGCGCCUUCAAUGCUUGUUAAGCCCGUGAGGGAAUCAGAACCUGGCGAAAAGAAUGAGGAAGACCAACCUGAACAGCCCGAAAUCGAAGCUCGCAUCCAAACUGAAGACGAUGCGCAGACUGAAGAGAGUGGCCGGAGGGAUUGGUCUGGUCUGACCGAUCGGAUCUCACCGAACCUUCUGGGUCGCGUUAUUGGAAGUCCGGAGGUUGAUGUCGACAGUCAUCCGCGGUGGGUGUUGUCCUCUGCUUCAACAGCCAACCGUGACGCGGAUCAUAUCCCAGGCGUUGACUCGCCAGCUGAAGGGCCGGAAACAAGCGAGGAGCCGGAACGCGAGUUCGGAUUCAUCCCGGUUAAUUUGAAGCAGACGUGGAGAGAAGGCGCUGUCGGGCGCGAAAGGACUGAAGCUGCUCAAGAUCGAUCUUGGGCUCUUGGAGACUUGCUCGAUCGGUACGCUGGGGAGGCUUCUGGUGAGAAUCAGUUGCUUGGAGAACUACAGUUUACGUUCCUUAUGGUGUUGACUAUGAUGAACUACUCGUGUUUGCAGCAGUGGAAGCGGCUUCUUGAGCUUAUUCUUACGUCCCGGACAGCAAUCCUGGAAAGGGAGGCUUUCAUGAGUGAGGCUCUUCGGAUACUCUCGUUGCAGCUGCAGCGAUGCGAUGAUGUUGAUGGUGGACUGUUUGAGAUUGAUGGUGACGAGGGCGGCACAUUCUUGCUCAGUCUACUUAUGAAGCUGCGUCAGUCAGUCGAUGACCUUGUUGGCGAUUCUGACUCCAAAGUCAAAUUGGAGCUUGACAAGCUUGAAGAAUGGGUGAAGGCAGAAUUUGACUGGGAACUGCGUCGCGGAACUGUCGUUCGCCACGGUAUGCUCCAAUUGGAGGACGGCGAGCAGGUCGAAAUGGACUGGGAUGGCAAUGACGAAGACGAUGAAACUGGAGAGUAUGCUCCGAUGAUUGUUGAGUGA